CGCGCUCUGGCACGCCGCCGCACGCGUCGUCCGAGAUGUCCGCUCUUCACCUCCACGCCUCCGCGAGCCUUCGCGGCGCGCCCGUGAUCGCUCCCCGCGCCGCGCGUCGCGCGAACGUCGCCGCUCGCGGGCCGAUGCCGAUCGUCCGCGCGAACGCGGACAUCAUGUCCGAGGUCGGCACCGCGGUCCUGACCGAAGGCCAGCUCAAGGCGGAGCGGUACGUCGCGUCGAACCGUUUCAAGCUUCAGGGCGGCAAAGGACCGACGUUCGAGAAGCGUUGGGCCGAGCGCAAGAGCCGGCUCGCGAACCUGGACGGGUUCCGUUUCUUCACGCUCAUGCGUCGCGUCGAGGGCAUGGGCGGCCCGCCGUCUUCGACGGACGACGAGUACGACUACGUCUCGCUGACGAUAUGGGAGGACAAGACUGGGUUCGACGCGUGGAGAACCGGCGAGGCGUUCAAAGAGGCGCACGGCGGCGGCACCCUGUUCGGGUUCGUGGAGAUGCUCGUCUCGAGCAUGAUGGUCCUGAAAGGCAACCCGAAGCCGGCGUUUUACGACGGUCUCCUCCCGGUCGUGAAGCCCCCGCCCGAGGACGUGAAGUGGAAGUCCGUCGGCGGGUGGCGCGACGUCCCCGCGGACGGCGUGAACCCUCUCGAGCCGGACGUCUUCGUCGCGAUGAACCGCUUCAAGGUCUUACCCGGGAAGGAAGAGGCGUUCGAGAAGCGAUGGGCGGCCAGAGAGAGCUCACUCGAGGACAUGGACGGGUUCCUCACGUUCGUGAUGCUCCGCAGGGACGCGCUGAACGCGGAGGACGGGUACAACUAUUCCACGCUCACUGUGUGGCGCGACCGCGCGGCGUUCGACGCGUGGCGAGCCUCGAGCGCGAACUCGAAGGCGCACGCGAGCGCGGGCGAGGAGAAGGAGACGCUCUGGGCGGGACCACCGUCUCCGGUGAUGUACGAGGGUGUCUUAGCGCUUCUUUCCGAGAAGGGCGCGUGA